UGUGUGCAGGUUUUUGAGUGACCUCGACGAUGCUACUGAGCAGAGUCCAGAUGAGAGGACGCUGCACGAGACGGAAGGCGGUCAUGGCACGGAGGCCGAUUCAAGCGAUUCCAGUGAACUAACGGCUGAAGACGACCACUCUUCCCAGAGAAGUAAAGGCAAACACUCAUCUCUACUGCUACAAUCGUGCCCCCCCCCCCCCAAGAAGACAAAAUUGCCCCCCGACCAGCCCCCCGGGAACCUCCUCUGCUCGAUCCUCACAGACAUCCCUGAAAUUGACAUCCGACCCAUGGCACUCCUCUCGAGGACAAUCCAACCGAAAAAAGAGAGCGAGAGAGGAAGAGAAAAGAACAAACCCAGAAAGAAGGAAAGAGCAAAACACAACAGCAAUCAGUCUCGGGCCAGUGACAAGAACAGCAAGCCCGGUUCUCCACCCGCCAGCGCCCAUUACCGGAUUCUCAAGUCGUGGGAACCGGACUACUCCCUCGGUCUCAAUGCCACGCGGGCACCCAUCUUAUUUUCACUGGAAAAAAUGCACGAAAAACUGAGAGCAGUCAAAGGUGGAUGGAUGAACAAGGCAAAAUUGAUAUGGACGACGUGGAGAAGGACAAGUGUAGCCAUAAGAGAUGAAUAUUGUGAGAGAGCCAAACAGAACAGACUGAAACUGAAAGAGAAAGCAGCUGUUGUUGAGAAGUCGGGGAAGAGAUCGGGUCAACCAACCGGUGAUACCAAACGCGGCAAAACUAGACCAAAGUCGACCAAAACAGCACCACCGACUCCGAAAAAACCGUCUGGUACCACUCCAAGUAAUGUGGACGAUAAAACGGAAGAAACCGCCGCGGCAACUACAGCUUUUACAAGCAGUGAUAAGGAGCCAGUCAUCUCUCCAAGUAUAGUAGCCAAAGCAGCCACUACAGGUGAUACGGGCAGUGGGGGGAAAAUCUGGGUCAUCGUCUCUAUCAACAGAGGCAGAAUUACCGAGGGACGUAGUGGAGAAGGGAGGAAGAUUGAAGGAAGGAAAGGACAAGGAAGAGGCAGGCGGAAGGGGAGGAGAUGGGGAGGAGACAAGGGCGGAGUGGAGAAAGAAAAGGCGGUCGAAAACGACGCCAUUUCUUCAGGCAGCUGUAAGAUGCCUACUCCAGUUGGGCAACCUGACCCCUCGCAAACGGGACAAGCCAAUGAACAGAGCGUUUCAGAGCAUAUCUCUGAGACAAGUGACAGUGUCCCUGUGUCUACCUCGCGGGACAGUCUAACCUUGCCUUGUAACCCAACGCUCUCACUCCCUCCCUCCCCGCCUCCCAGCCUCCAUUUCUACGGAUCCUCACUCCUCUCAAGUCCUCUGUCACGUACCGCUUCGGUCGGCUUCCCACUUGCCGUCUCUCCCCUCUCCCCUCCCUUCCUACCUCUCCCCUUCCCUUUUCCUGUCUUCGUCGUUGUUAGCGGCAACCAUAAGCCACACCCCCUCAACGACAACUCAACUACACAAAUAUUCGUCUUCAAUGCAUAGCCCCACAACUUCAACCACUGACUCCUGUGAAAGAGAAGCGAAUUAUUCUGUUGCCGAGACGACCUCUUCGAGUGGUAGGGCACACGGCUUGUUGGGAAUGGGGGAGACAGCUGCAAACCCUUUCAUCAGAGACAUAAUUAACCAUUUUGGAACCCGAGAUGUGGUGUCCACGCCGCCAAAGUGUUCCACCGGGGGAACAAACAUCAGUAGACAUUCACUUCCAUCACACCGAGAACAGAGACCCAAUUCUCGAACUCCGCCCAACUCACAUCAGACCACGCCCACAAUGUUCUCAGGCUCCGCCCCUCUCUUUUCGCAUACAUCCGUUCCCCCUCGAUGGUCACCAACCUCUUCCCAUCACUCUCCGUCCCCUUCUUUGUUCUCAUCUACAAGUGUGGCUCGAAAACAGAGGUCCAAUUCGGAUUCAGCCACGCACGGAAGCAGCGCGCGUUUGCCUCCACCCGCGCACCCGAAGCAACAGUUCGGGGGUCAGUAGGGCGUUUCCACGGAGACAGCACGUGUCCGGUUCGUCGCUACCUGGUGCUCGCUCUUUCCCUCGUCUCCCUCUCUCGCGUGGUUCCAACUCCAACUAUACCCAAAUCAAGACCAGGCAGCUGUCGCCUGAGCUGUUAUCCAAUUUAACGCCCUCCUCCUCCUCUCUUUCCUCACUCCCACGGUCAAAUUUCUCCCUCCCUUCCUCCGUCCUCCCCCUCUCCUCUCCCUCAACCCCUUCUCUCUUCACAUCUAAAGCAACUUCUCUCUUCCCCCCUCUUCCCCCACACUUGGACAAAACAACCGCCCCGGUUUCGUCAUCGGAAUUCAAUAGGUACAAAUCGUCUCACUCCUCCACCACUCUUAACCCUUUCCUCACUAGACUUGGCUCAAAGACCAUACCACACUAUGCAGUCGCGGGCAAUUCCUCAACCCAGCCAAUUUCAACCAACAGUACUAAUUUUUCACGAGCAGCCUGUUCGCAAGCAAAUUUUUCACGGGCAAACCCUCAAAAUUUUUCAUGUGCAAGUUCCAGCACGCCCCCAUUUUUUGGUAGCUCAGCAGCAAUUACAAGAGAGCGCCUUUUUCUUCCAAUGAACAGCUUUAUUCCGUCUUUCAGCUCAUUUUCUUCUUCAAACCAGUCGCCAAACUUCUCCGACAACAGCGCUCCCAAGAAUAACUGGAAAAACCAGUUUGGAAGUGAAGAAGGAGGAACCAGAGAAUAUAGCAACGAUCACACAACUGGCUACAAACAAGAAAGAAGCAAUCGGUUAACACCCAACGUGGCUCAACACACCUUCACACACAACCUAGGGGGGCCGCUAGAUUUCACUCGAAAUUCCCAGACCCCUUCGUUCCCAGUGAUCCCCUCAAUUUCAAGAAUGCCCCCCACGAAGCACCCCAGACCUCACUCCCUCCUCGCUUCUGCCCGUGACAUCGGAGGGACGAAGAAACGGUGUGCAUCAUUUGGAAAUUCGACCCAGAAUCUUCUUCCCCACUGUAAACCUUCGCGAUCCAGAUCUCAAUCCACUUCCUCAUUCUCAGUGUUCAGGACGGGCGCACUGACCCCGGAUUCCUUCUCCCUCCCGCCCUCUUUCUCCGCCCAAGAUAAGAUAAUCGGGCGGGGCAUGGGUCUCUCAUCCCUACGUGUCUGGACUCGGUCAUUCCGCAGCUACCGACGGAGCUGAAGAGAACUGGCAGUGAAUUGACCACACCCACUGACACGCCCACCAACCUAGGGGAACUGCCAGAUUUCACUUCAAAUUUGUCCACCUCCCCCCGGACCCCCUCAUUGCCAGUGGUUCCCUCAAUUUCAAGCAAACAGCUACCAACA